AUCUGCUCGCCACCUACUCUUUUCAUCUCAAUACUACUCACAUCAUAGUCCGCUUGUCACCCGCUUAAUCGACACCACCAUUAUUCGCUCCUUGUAAGAACAAGAUGGGACCGAAACCCAAACCGACACCGCAAAACCACCAUUCCCUACACGUCCCUAGGGUUGACUGGGAUCGACUAACCCCGUCAGAAUGGUCUUGGCCUCACUGGAAGUUCAGAGACACUAAGCCAAACGAUAUUUGGGACUCCCUAUAUGAGAAAUAUAACUGCAUAAAACUUGGUAUUCAGGAUCCGUACGCCUGGCAUUCCGAUGUCAGCGAGAUAGCCCACUCAUCUAAAACUAAGGAAGAAUUUGAAGCUGCACUUCUGAAGCGAAGGGACGAAAGGUUCAACGAGAUUCGGACCAACUGGGAGAAAGCACGUCGCCAAUUGACGGCCAACCCUCCAAUAUGGGAUUCUCCACCGACUGAAGGUCUCGAUCGCCCAUGGUGGACCUUCGUCAGGUUCGGGCGUCACUUCACCUUCGACACCAUCGUGGGCCAUUUCGGCAACUACAUGGUCGCCGACACAGACUCCCUCUACGGCAAGAAGGCGAAGCUCGACGCACAGACGACAGAGGAAGUCGUUGAGCCAUCUAAAUCGUCAUCCUCGAGGCAACCUGAACAACCCAGGGAAUCUCAGCAGCCGUUGCCGAACUCUAAUCAUUCUUCCUCUUCUUCUGCCCCUCCUUUCCCCACCGCUCCUGCUGGUCACCAAUCCCCCGUCCAGGCUGCCUUCCCCGCUCCAGAUAAGAAGAAUCGAAAAACGCGAGUAACAAGAGUAGGAAAGGGACCUGCUGCUCGCAGUAAAAUCGAGAAACCACCGCCGAGACAACGCGGCAGCAAAAAUCAACCUGCCGAAGGAGUACGAAGAAGCGCUCGUUUGCAGGCGCGUGAAAAGCGCCGAGGUGAAUGAAAUUAUCGAAACUCUCUCAGAUCAACAAUAUAAGCCAUGGCUCCACAGACAGGAAGUGCUACCAGCCUUGCUGCCAUUGCGUUUCAUACCUAGCUAGCAAAGGGCUACAUAGACGGCCUGAGUCUAUAUGCCCCGAAGUGUCGCGCCGUGUGCAUUUACUCCCUGGGUCUGCAUUCACAGUACUUAUCGGCGGCGAUAGUUACCACUAUAAUUAUGGAAAGGGGGCCACUAGUGAAUUGCAUUCACAUAUACUGACGCGGCGU